AUGCGUCGCACAGAAAAGUUACGAGCACGACUUUACGUGCCAUACUGGAUUUUAGUGGUUUUGUUAACUGCACAAACAAUUGCGGUUUGCUUUACACACUGUCUCACCGCAAGACUUGCACUUUCAGAGACGUUAAUGCUCGUUAUAAUACUGUCAGCGAAGGGAUUUGUGUGCAAUGAAAAUGCAGCUGGUGUUUUGCGUACAUCGGCGAUUAUCGCAUUCGAGGCACUCAUGUUCGUCAACUUCAUCCAUGCUGCACAAAUGCUCAUCGAAAGACACGACAAAGGUGUUCAUCUCAGAGAGCUGAUUUCAGUUAUUCAAUCGAUGCCUCAACUUGUCGGCGACAUUCCGAGUAAUUUCAAGGUGAACGAGUUUAAAGCGGACAUAAACGCGAAGAUCAGAAGUGUUCUAACAAAAGCUGGUGCACGUCACGUAACCGUCGAGCCACGAAUCACGCAGCAAACCAAGCCAUCAGUUGAAUGGCGACAGUGUAUCCACGACGAAUGUCGUAAUAAGUCUUGUUGUUAG